UUUACCGUACUCAAAACACCGAGUGCUCGUUUGGAAGCGGUUGAGGAAAACGCCGAAUCACCAGGUCGUCGUACAGCUAUUGAAGGUGCACAUGCAUUAUUGGACUUUUGCCAAUCGAGAAAUUGGGAACGUUUGGGGGUAGCACAGUGGUCUCAAAUUGUCGAUGAAAUCGGGUUGGAUAAUGCAUUGAGCGAAGCCGUUUUUAGAAAUGCGUCUGGAGAUGAGGUGAGUGCCUGUCUAAAAAUAAUGAGCGGUUUUGGCAUAUAUGUGAGUAGCUCAUGGCUUAUUUGUGUUUGA